GGUCAGAGGUGAGAGGUGAGGGGUCAGCUCCCGCCCGGCGGCAGCGGCAGCAUGGCGGGGGAUGGCGGCGGCGCGGCGGGCUCGGCGGCGGGGGGUGGCGGGGCGCCGGCCCCGCAGCAGGUGCUCUUCCCGCCGACUUUCAGCGUGUCCGAGAUCAAGAACAAGCAGCGGCGGCACUUCAUGUUCCUUCGCUGGAAGCAGCAGCAGAGGAAGGAGAAAUUAGCCGCCAAGAAGAAGCGGAAGAAGGAGCGAGAAGCCCUCGGAGACAAAGCACCUCCAAAAGCUGUACCAAAGACUAUUGAAAAUCAGAGAGUGUAUGACGAAACAACUGUAGAUCCCAAUGAUGAAGAGGUUGCUUUCGAUGAAGCAACUGAUGAAUUUGCACCGUACUUCAACAGACAGACAGUUCCCAAGAUUCUUAUUACAACAUCUGACAGACCCCGUGGGAGAACAGUGAGAUUCUGUGAACAACUGUCUAGUGUUAUACCUAACUCGCAUGUCUACUACCGAAGAGGACUGGCUUUGAAAAGAAUUAUUCCACAGUGUAUUGCAAGGGACUUCACAGAUUUGAUCGUCAUCAAUGAAGAUCGCAAAAUACCAAAUGGUCUUGUUUUAAGUCAUCUGCCUGAAGGUCCAACAGCUCAUUUUAGAAUGAGUAGUGUCCGUUUGCGUAAAGAAAUAAAGCGAAGAGGGAAAGAGCCCACAGAACACGUUCCUGAAGUAAUCCUGAAUAAUUUUACAACCCGACUCGGCCAUUCUGUUGGUCGCAUGUUUGCUGCUCUCUUCCCCCAUGAUCCUCAGUUCAUUGGAAGACAAGUAGCUACAUUUCACAACCAGCGAGACUACAUCUUUUUCAGAUUCCACAGGUAUAUCUUCAAGAGUGAAAAGAAAGUGGGAAUUCAAGAACUUGGGCCACGUUUUACAUUAAAGCUGAGGUCUCUUCAAAAAGGAACCUUUGAUUCCAAAUUCGGGGAAUACGAAUGGAUUCAUAAGCGCCGAGAAAUGGACACAAGCAGAAGAAAAUUUCACUUAUAAGGGACAGCUAUCUGCCAGUGCUGGUGACCAGACACACAACAACUGCUUUGAACUGUGGAUUAUCUCAGACUCCUAACUAAUGAGAAUCAUACUAUCUGUCUGCAGAAAGACAAACUGCAAACAUUAAAACUUUAUAUGGGAGCAGAUCAAGUAGGACACAUCUUUCUUCCUAUGUCUGCAGCUAAAUCCAACAAGACAAGGACAGCAGCUCUUUUUCCAGUUUAGCGGGAAAAAUGGCAAUGUCAGAGCAGCCUGUAAUUUAGCUGUUACUGAAGAUUUGCCAUGACAGCUGCUGUGCUGUAGAGAUAAAUUACACUUUGCAACAAGACAGUAAAUAUUUUGGUUAAAGAUAUUAUAAAAAUAAAGUGUUUCUAGUUAUA